AUGAGCUUAACGGCGCGACCACCCACCGUGCCUCUCGUCAUCGCACCAAAGGCACUAGCCUCGCUCAUCGAAGCAGACAAGUCCGACUCGAAGAAGCUUCGCAUUUUGGACGCAACAUGGUUCAUGCCCAACACCAACCCGCCUCGAAACGCCUUUGAAGAGUUCAAGGCCGGUCCACGACUGCCCAAAGCGCAAUUCUGGAAUGUCGACAAGGUCGCUACUGUCGGCGAAAGCGUCCGCAAUCUGCCCCACAUGAUGCCUACGCCAGCCACAUUUGCUGAGGCGGCGGGCGAGCACGGGAUCGAGCCGGAUACGCACGUUGUAGUGUACGACACGCAUGGAGUCUUCUCCGCGCCACGAACAGCGUUCACGUUCAAAGCAUUUGGCCAUCUUAACGUCUCUGUGCUCAACGGCGGGCUGCCGGCGUGGAUCAACCACGGCCUGCCCACAGAAUCAGGCGAGCCUACGUCUGCAUCGAAGACAACGUAUCCGGAACCAGCGCUGCAAGACGGUAUCAUCCGCUCGUUCGAUGAAAUGGUCGCAAACGCAAGAAUGGGUGCUCGCGGCCAGACCGUCUUCGACGCUCGCUCCAAAGGACGAUUUGACGGCACAGAUCCCGAACCACGACCAGGUCUCUCGUCAGGUCAUAUCCCGCACAGCGUCUCUCUGCCCUUCCCUAGCCUUCUCAAGACCGAGACCGGCAAGGACGGAAAGCAGUACACCGUGCUCAAGGAUCAGAUCGAGCUGUGGAGGACGCUGAGCGAUACAGUCGGCGGCACAGAAGCACUGGAUAAGCUGCGACAGGCGUCGAGCGGCGGCGAGCUCGCAGCGACCAACACGUGCGGUUCGGGCAUGACGGCGGCGGCGAUCUGGUUGGCGCUGCAGGAGAUUGGCGUACAGAGCAGUAUCUACGACGAGAGCUGGAUGGGGUGGGCGUCGAGAGAAGGGGAGGGCGUGCCCAUUGACAAGAAUGUAUGA